UUCCGCUUCUGAUAAAAAAAGAAAAAGAAAAACUUCUUUCCACUUCUCUGCGCCUCUCUCUCCAAACCCACCUCAAGAAAUCGAAACCAGAUCGUCAUCUCUACGCAGGUAAUCGUAACCGAAAAUCGUCUAUUCUUCUUUCCAUCUUCGUUUUUCGAUCUACACAUCUUUCGUUUUAGAUCCAAAUACUAAAAGAAGAACUGAGCUCCUGAGGUUUCUUUAUCUAUUUCGUUUUCGAAGUAGAGACAGCUUCUUCUUCUUCUUUUUUCCCAGUUCUUCCUUCAUCAGUUCCAGGACAGAUAGUCUGGGACUCUUAAUCCUUUAGUCCCCGAAUCAAACGAGGCUUAUUGUGUAAUUUUGAAAUCUACUUCGACAAUCGGACAAUAUCAGUAGAAUACUCCCUCUCUGGUUCGAAGCCCUAGAUCGACUACAGAGAAGCGCGCUCUCUCUCUCUCUCUGACCAUGAAACUCUCCUUCUCUAUCCCACCGAAACCCUCUUCCAAAAAACAGCAGACAAACCUCAAGCCUUCCCCUACCUUCGCUGCCGCCGACCAAGACCCAUCGAAACCCACCAACAAAGAGUACCUCACAGAAUUCAACGCCUCCAAAACCCCAUCCUCCGCCCAAAACCAACCCAACAAGCUCGUGAUCCCCCCCAUCCCCAACGAAUACCGUCCCCACAAGAAGAUGAAGAAUCUCGAACUCCCCCUCCGCCCCUCCGACCGCCCUGACCUCCGCUUUGAGCUCGAAAACCCCUCUGCUUCUGAUGCCGCUGACGGUGGCCCCCACAUGUCCUACGGCCUCAACCUCCGCGACUCGAGUGCGGGUAAUAAUGCCGGAAAACCGGAAUCUGUAGAGAGGGUGAUGUUGGAGAAACUGAAGGAGGAUCUGAGCAGGUUGCCCGACGAUAACGGGCCCGAUGAGUACGCCGACAUGCCGGUGGAGGGGUUCGGUGCGGCGUUGCUUGCUGGGUAUGGGUGGUAUGAGGGGAGGGGUAUUGGCAGGAAUGCCAAGGGCGAUGUUAAGGUUGUUCAGUAUGAGAAGAGGACUGCUAAGGAAGGGUUAGGGUUUACUAGUGACAUGCUGCCCGCUAAUAAUAAUAGCGAUAAGAAGAAGGGAGGAGGAGAAAAAGGGUUAGGGUUUUCUGUGGGGAAUGUUGUGAGGAUAGUUGGUGGGAGGGAUGUUGGGUUGAAGGGUAGGGUUGUGGAGGUAGUACUCGGUGGUGGUUUUAUUGUCGUGAAGCUUUCGAGGAGUGAGGAGGAAGUGAAGGUGAGGAUUGGCGAUGUGGCAGAGUUGGGUUCUGUUGAAGAAGAGAGAUGUUUGAGGAAGUUGAAGGAAUUGAAGAUUCAAGGAUCGAAAGAUGUGGUUAGUGGUGAUGGGGGAAGGACUAAGUUCAAAGACAGUCAUAGAGAGAGUAAGGGUGAGGGAGUUGAGGAUAGAAGGAAAGACGAGAAGCGUGGUCGAGAAGGAGGAAGAAGAAAUGAAAAAAGAGAAGAAAUGACCGGGACUACUAAUCAGUUGCCUUGGCUUACUAAUCAUAUUCGGGUUCGGAUCAUUAGCAAAGAGUUGAAAGGAGGGAGAUUGUACUUGAAAAAAGGCGAGGUUGUGGAUAUGGUUGGACCGACUAACUGUGACAUAUCUAUGGAUGACAGUAGGGAACUGAUCCAAGGUGUGAACCAAGACAUUCUUGAGACUGUGGUCCCCCGUCGCGGGGGUGCAGUUGUUGUUUUGUAUGGCAAGCACAAAGGUGCCUAUGGAAACCUAGUGGAGAGGGACAUGGACAAGGAAACGGGCAUUGUCAGGGAUGCUGACACUCAUGAACUGCUUAAUGUGCGUCUGGAACAAAUUGCUGAAUUUAUUGGAGACCCGAGCUAUAUAGGGUAUUAGUUUUUAUGCAGCAACUGCCAGCAUCUAUGAUGGGUUUUUCUUCGAGUUCAAGCCUAUUAAUACAAAUGAACUGUGAGUUCAAUGCGAAUGAAGUGCGAGUGCAAAACUGUUGGGACAUUAUGCCUAAGUUAACUUUGUGGCCAGUUCCCAUCUCCUAUUGAACAGAUUGAGCAGCUUCUACCAAAUGUCUUCUUUUUUUUAAGCUCUACCAUAUUCAAAACAUAUUCUGAUCAAAAUUCGAAAAGCCAAAUCAAAAUGCAAAAAGUCAAAAAGUAGGGUAACCGAAUAGGCAAACACCCCCAUUAUCUGCUCAAAAAAAAAAAACUGCUAAAAAAUCCAAGUUUAUGGACCUUUAUGAACGACAAAAAUGAUUUAGAGAAUUUGUUUCAGAACAUCUUCAAUUUGAUUAUGUUGUUAACAGUAUCUGAUUCAUUUGAUUUUUCAAAAGGGAUUUUCUAUUUGAUUGAGCUCCGUAAAGUGAACGUCUCGGAUCAAAGUUUUAGACACGAGCCCUGUUGUGCCACCAAAAAAGGUCAUAAUGCAUUGGUCGCAUUCUCUUAUAGGUGUACAUCAGUACUUGUGCUAGAAAUUGCACUAAAACCAGCAGAAAAUCUUGUUAACAAUGCACUCGCAAAAUCUAGACGACAUUCAUGUACAAAAUCUCUCACAAGUUUUUAACCCUAUGAUUUCCUUCUGUGCUGUACUUUCUUUCUGUUCCUUUAGCAAUAGAACAUCACACUCUUCACCUUCUCCUUCAAUGCCGGUAGUGGACGGAAGCAAGGACCGUUUGUUCUGGUGGUACGCAUUGAAGCAUUCUCGUGCACGUGCGGUUCCAUGUAGAAUCUUGCCCGGUAGGCCGCCAGAUGAGCAUAAUAUGCCGGUGGCACUGCAAUGAAACGCUUAACACUAAUUAGAUUCAAUUGUGCUUUUGCCUAAGAAAUAUUGGAUUUUAACUGAAUAAGCAAUCGAAAAUGCCAUAUGGGCAUGUCAACUGAAAACUCAAAAACGAAAACAACGUACGCACUACCGUGCACGCAUUUUUUCAAAACACGUUUUGGUUGGAGGGUUGUUGGAGGGAGGAAAUGGAAAACAGAAAUGCGAAACGCAGAACAAAAAGUUUUAGCAAACAGGGGAAAUGAAUAGAAAGGAAAAUGAGUUAUGAAUGCACAGAGGCAAACUCUUGGCUCUACCAUGAGUAGACUACAUUUCUGUAGACAAAAAGAGUUAGUAGAAGAUUACCAAGUGAAACAGAUCGAGUGCACCGAGCAUAGCUGCAACAAAUAACAGCACAUAGAUUAAUCACUGCAAAAGGAGGAGAUGCCAUAAAAGCAUCAAAAGGGCCGAUUUCUUACGUGUAACAUAAGUUGUUUGUCAACGAUUGGAUCUCAUCCGCACUAAAAUUGUUUUCGUCCCAGAGAACAUGAUAAUGAGCUGGUCUACUUGUUCCCUGAAAAAUUUAUAAUCGAAACAUCUCAAAAGUUCGUGAAGACCCGAUUUAACAAGAUCGAUGGAAGUAUGGUUAGUAGCAUCAUACCUGGAUCCCAGCAUGACUGCAUAGGUAGAAGUCAAAUUCGGUAGGAUGACAAAUUUUGGUAUCCACCACAGUACCUACACUCAGUAACAUCUCAAAAGUUCACAUCUCCUAGUUUCUAUUUAGAGUAGCAAAAUUCAGUUGGUUAUAAAUACAAAGAAGCAAGGACAUGGUCACAUGGUAAUGUGGUACAGACACGACACGACUUGAUAGAGACACGUGAACAUGGCAUUGAUCAAUAAAUUAGGACACAAACACCUCCAAGACACUUGAAUGCAAAAAUACGUGUUAUAGGUACUUAAUACAAAUUCAUAGGUGAAAUCAUUAUGUUGAGUUAAAAUACUAGCCAGGUACAAAAAUAAAAUAAAGUGAUAAAUAAGUAUUCAAGAAUUAAACAUACAUGAAAAUUUGACCUGCGCUAACUUUAAAAAAAAUAAUAAUUGUGAUCUCUUAACUUUUCGCUAACAUGUCCCCAUCCUACUAAAAGAUUUAAUGAAAUAACCGACACACAUUUGGCAUGUCUGACACAUGACAGACAUGUUCAUGUCACAUAUGCGCAGGAUCAUAAUAUGUGAGGUGGUAGAUGUCUGUGUGAUUCUUAACUUACUUAAUACUUUUCAUUCACUAGAAAGGCCGGAAGAGGUUUGCUAGCUCCUUGGUAGCUACAAUAUGAGAAAAGAUCAAUACCU